UCGCGGAGCGGCCGGCGCCGGGGCCAUGUGGCUGCUGUGGCUGCUGCUGGGCUCGGCGGAGAGCCAACUGUUGCCUGGGAAUAAUUUCACCAAUGAAUGCAACAUUCCUGGAAACUUCAUGUGCAGUAAUGGGCGCUGCAUCCCAGGGGCCUGGCAGUGUGACGGGCUGCCAGAUUGCUUCGAUGACAGUGAUGAGAAGGAAUGCCCAAAAGCCAAGUCCAAGUGUGGUGCCACGUUCUUCCCCUGUGCCAGUGGCAUCCACUGCAUCAUCGGCCGCUUCCGGUGCAACGGCUUUGAGGACUGUCCUGAUGGCAGCGAUGAGGAAAACUGCACAGCAAAUCCCUUGCUUUGCUCUACUGCCCGAUUCCACUGUAAAAAUGGUCUUUGCAUUGAUAAAAGCUUCGUCUGCGACAGUCAAAAUAACUGUCAAGACAACAGUGAUGAAGAAAGCUGUGAAAGCCCUCAAGAGGCAGGCAGCGGACAAGAUUACGUGACCUCAGAAAAUCAACUCCUGUACUACCCUAGUAUUACAUACGCUAUCAUUGGCAGCUCCGUCAUUUUUGUACUCGUGGUGGCCUUUCUUGCCUUAGUCCUGCAUCACCAGCGAAAACGCAACAAUCUCAUGACCCUGCCGGUGCACCGACUGCAGCACCCCGUCCUGCUGUCCCGGCUGGUGGUCCUCGAUCACCCACACCACUGCAGCGUCACUUACAACGUCAACAAUGGGAUCCAGUACAUGUCCAACCAAGCCUACCACAGGCCAGUGGAUCUGGACUCUCCACCAUCCUAUUCAGAGGCUGUGCUAGACCAAAGCAGACCACCUUGGUUUGACCUUCCUCCACCCCCUUAUUGCUCUGAAUCUGAAUCCCCUAAUCAGCCAGAUCUUCCUCCUUACCGCUCACGGACGGGAAGCUCGGUGAGCACAGACACCCCCGUGGCCGGAAGCCCUCAGGGCACAGACAGCAGUUGGAGAAGAGAUGUCCAUGACAGCAUGGAUGGCCACAGAACUCUUCUUGAGAGGACAACAGAUCAAAGUGAUUCUCUGGUCAACCAUGUUGAUGAAAGAGAAGUGUAACUACUCCAGUUUGGAUGCCCAUUUGGGAUGCUAGUAUCGAGGCCAAAUUUGCAUGGACGUCCUCAGGAAAAUCACAAAGGUUGGCUUAUCUGUCAGAUUUCAAGGCUGAGCACAGCGGCACUGAAGCUUCUCAACAAACCGGCGCAAGACUUCUUUUCAAGCAUGGCAAAACAACAUUGCUCCAUGCGUUUCUUCUUGAACAAACAACAACAAAAUACCACACACACAAAAACCCAAAAAACUUUUCCAGCUAGAUCUUAAACACCAAAACCAUCCUGAAGCAACUACCCAUCGUGGAAAGCUUCAGUGAGAAUGACUAGUUUGUUAAUCUUUGAAAUAACUUAGAGCAGGUGAUGUAGUGAAAGGUUUGGGGCUUAGUAGCAUCAUCUAGGCCGUGCCUAUGUACGUGAAUGGAUACAUGUGUUUAAUACUCUAUGUAUGUAAGUAGUGCAUUGCAUAGGUUUAGUUCUAUUUGUACCUGUAGAACUCUAAAAUUUCAAAGUUUCUCUUAUGAUAUUCUCAUUGCUUUUUUUUAUGGUUUGCCAUUAUUCAUAUUCAUUUGGUUGAAAUUCUCGUCUUUUCAGAAAAAUAUUUUGUCUUUUUUUUUUUUUUUGUCUUAACUCUUAGAAUGUUCUCCCAUGAAAUGUGUUUCAGUGCACAGUGUUGAAUCACCCUUGAGAAAGCAACUCAAAGGUAAAAGUGUUCAGAGUGGAAAGAGGGAAGGUAAGCUGUGAAUUUAAAUGCCACUGCAGUGCUGUGCUUGUGCUUAGUAUACAGAAAAUAAUGCAGUGUCUUUCUCUUGUCCAGAGAGAAAUUGGCCUUGAAAAAUUAUUUCCACUUGUGUAUUAGACACAUUUCCCACUUCUCUUCCAUGUAACAAACAGUGUCCUUAAACAGGAUUUUCUGUUUAAUGGAAAGGACAGUAACUGUUUUUCCACAACCUCUGGUUUUUUCCUCCUUUUCUAAGGUAAAUUCUUUCCCCCAAAGGUUAGAUGGUCAGGACUCAAGAAUUCUUGAGCAUGGGUAUAUGUAGAGGAAUGACUCAAGUUCAGUCUCAGUUUCCACACAUAAACCUGAAUUGGUUUUAUGAUUUUUUUUUUCAUUUCCAUGUCUGGAGCCAACUGAUGUGGUAUAUGGGAGGCAGGCACCGGAGGGAUUUACAAGCAGAGGUCCUUCAGGAGUGAGAUGGCCCUGUGGGGAGACUGUAGAGCUCUAGUGCUUAUGGUCUUGGCUUGCUGUGGAAACAAAUUAACAGCAGCCUUUUCUUAUGGGCUUAAGCAACCUAUCCUGAAGCACACUGGAGAAGCAAUCAUUGUAAAGCAAUGUGUAAUACUGGGGCAGAUUCCACUCUUGGUGGGAGCUCAAGCAAUGCAGUUACGCUGUCCUGCACAAAGCAGGACCUGGCUCAUUAAUCACUCCUUGCAACUCACCAGGCAGACAGUUGUUACUGUCACAUAGCAGGUAGUUGUUCUGUAUUCUACAGGUAGGUUAAACUCAGGUACGUAGCUGAAUUUGUGGCAAAGGUGGGCACAGGAGUGAGCACCAGGCCCUGGCGCCCCCUUGCCUUACUUUCGGGUUCUGCUCAGUCUUUUGUAAGAGCUACAUAAUACAGCCUCAGAGCUGGCCUUAACAUUUUUCUGUUGCAGUUUUUAAAAUGUUUUAUACUUUAAAACAUACUAUUGAAAAGUUUGCAGUGGUUUCGUUAGACUUUUACGUUUCCUGUUUAAGUACCCUAAAGCUACACUAGUGAAACUAAAUCAUUGUGUCCAGUGUAAAUCAUGUGGCACGUAGACCUCAGGCAAGCCUUCGAUGGGGGACUGCAUUUCACCAUGUGUGUUCAAAGUCACCAGGGUGUGUGCAAACCAAACGUUUGCCUGUGGCGUCUGAAAAACAUUGCCUUGCAUUGCUAAGAAGUAGGAAAAGAGUGGACAUAGCUUGCUGCUUCUGUCUGUGUCAGUCACUGUCAUAUGUGUACAUAUAUACAUAUAUAUUUAAAAGAUACUCUUUCAGGCUGUAUAUAUUCAUGUAACUUUUGCAUUAAGAUAAUCCAUUUGGACUUUACAAAAAAAAAAAAAGGAAAAAAAAAAAAAGGAAGAAGCAUUCUAAAUGGUGUGACAUUUUCCCUUCCAGCUAAGGGUGUAUUUAUCUUUGUACAGGAAUCUUUUAGUUUUUAAGAAUGCAAGUUAUAAAAGGAGAUUGUGCCUUUCUGAUUGAAUGUUGAUUUGCUGGGCUGUUGACUACAUUCCUGGGUGUUGUUACAUAUCAUUGCCUAGAGAUCCAAAAAGAGAGCCAAGUCUUGUCUUCCUCUCUGUUGUUACUUUUGGGGACCAUUGACCUUGGAGGAGUACAGGAGUUAGUACCUUGUUCCAAAAAGGGCAUGCUAAAACUUGAAGGAAGGUUUUCAUCUUACUCCAGUUUUCUGGUAUGUAGAACAGAUUUGCUAGCAGGUUGCUUUGGAAAUUGCUGUAGUAUCAUACAGAAAUUGUUUAUAACGUGUCACUUUUGGUAGUGUUAAUACAUCUCUAUACUGCAUUAUUCAGUGGAAUCUUUGGAGAAGCAUGGUAGCAACAACCACGCUGAUUAAAUUAAAUAUUUCAUUGAAAAUCCUGCAGUUCCUUGAUCUUCGCCUUGUAAGGCUGAAGCUAAAUGUUCAUGAAAUACCACGUAGUAGGAUUUCUUUUUUGUAGCCAGUAAACUUGGAAUUAAUCAUUCUGUUGUUUGCAAUUGCUCUUAACCUUUUAGUUUGAAGUGAGUCCUCCAGGAGCUUUUCUUUGUACUUAAUAUUUAAACGAAUGGUUUUUCAAAGAUCUAUUCUUAAACAAGUAAAACAGAUUAGUUUUCCUCCAGAGCCAAACGGUGAAUCCAUGUCUGUGUUGAAUAGUGACCACUGGAAUGAGCAGUUCCACUCAGAGCAGGGAUUAAUAUAUUUGAUUUGUUUCAACAAAACAAUUUGAAGAAAUGACUGACUACUUGAGGUAAAUGAAAGAAUUACGUUUAGCCUGUUAGAAAUAAGAUUUGGGUUAUUUAAAAAAAUGAAAUUAAACUUCAGAAGUUCUGAGUGUCUGUAACCUCUGCUGAAAUCAGAGUGCUGUGUAUUUUAAAAUUAGGCCAUUAGUGAGUCUGCUUGGUAGUAAUCUGAAGUUCCUUGUAAGGCAAAUUGCAAUUUACCUCUCUGGUGGUAUUGUGCUAAUGGAAAAUUGGCAGUAAUGUUUUUAAAAGAGAGCCUCUGAAUAAUUUUCUCUGCUCUUGUCUGCAGUGACAUACAUGACAACACUGACUGCAAUGUGAUUUUUAAAUAACUCUGCAUUCGUUCUUCUUCUCCUUUUAAGUCAAAUCAGUUUUAUUUACACCACUUCACUUUGAUACAGCUAAUAGGGCCCUUGUGAUAGAUUUAGAAGUUCGGUGGAGGAAAGAGAUGACUCUCAUUUUAAUUAAUGCUGCAGCUUGUUAAUCUUGUGCGUUUUACUUUUUAGACAUCUUAGAGAAGACAAAUGGUUUUAGUAGAUAAGAAAAACUAUUAAUGAUGAAAAGGAUAGAGGGAUACUGAUUCUGAAUUUAAUUUUUAAUGAAUAUUUAAAAAUGUCUAAAUGAAGGAGGAAUUUAAUGCUGUAUUUUUAAAGUGGUGAUUAAAUGGCAAGUACUGUUUUUAACUGUUGCUCAUUGGAAGCUGUUUUGCAUAUAAUACCUGGAACUAAAAUAGUAAGACAAGUGCUCUUCUUGCAGUUCGUACUAGAUCUGAAAUAUAUUGUAUUAGCACAAGGCUGUAACUCACUCAUGGACUAAAAUAUGUGACUGCAGAAAGAAUUUCAAUACCAUGCUGGAUUCUGCUUGAAUGUAUCCAAGUACAGGAUUGUGGCCUUCAUUUGUUCUUUUUUUUUUUUUUAACUGGUUUGAGUUUUUUUCAACUUGAAAUUGAGAUGUUAUGUAAGAGCUUUAAGGGAGGUUGUAUGUUGAAACCCAACCUUGUCUUAAACUUUUGUAAACUGGAAAUCUUUGAAAAUGUAUUCUGUAUUCCUAAAUAAAGUUGGUGUUUUAAU